UUUAGGAUCACAUCGCAAUGCACGCGUUCCAUUGAUGCGAUUGAAAAAGCGAGAAUGGAGGGUGAAUUAAGAAUUGUAGUGAAAUGGAGCGGAAAAGAAUACGAUAUCCUCGAUAUUCAAGAGGAAGAUACGGUUCUUACUCUGAAAGAGCGUAUACACAGAGAAACAGGUGUUCGUCCAGAACGUCAGAAACUGCUAAAUUUAAAAUUUAAAGGCAAAGCAGCGCAAAAUGAGGACAUAAUCGGCAAAUUAAAUUUGAAGCCUGGCUUUAAACUAAUGUUAAUGGGUUCACGUGAGGAGGAUAUUGCUGAGGUCAGUCAAGCACCUGAGGAUGUACCUGAUGUAAUAAAUGAUCUAGAUAUAGAAGAAGAGGAAGUAGAGAUUGAGAAGGCUGAAAUAAAUCUACAUAAAAUCCAGAUACGAAUCGAUCGCUAUAUAAUCACAGAACUGAAUCCUUUAAGAAAUGGUAAGAAGCUUCUUGUACUGGACAUAGAUUACACUUUAUUUGAUCAUAGGUCAGUGGCAGAGAGCGGAGCACAGCUAAUGCGCCCGUAUCUCCAUGGAUUCUUGACACGUGCUUAUAAAAAUUAUGAUAUAGUCAUCUGGUCAGCGACUAGUAUGAGAUGGAUCAAUAAGAAAAUGAAGCUUCUAGGAGUUUCGAAUCAUCCGAACUAUAAAAUAGCUUUUCAUCUGGAUGUCCUUGCCAUGAUUACUGUUCAUACACCAAAAUAUGGAGUUGUUGGAGUAAAGCCACUGGGUAUUAUUUGGGGAAAAUACAAGCAGUUCUCUGCGAAAAAUACAAUAAUGUUUGACGAUAUCAGACGAAAUUUCAUAAUGAAUCCGCAGUCGGGAUUGAGAAUAAAACCUUUCAAACACGCUCACACUAGCAGAGUCAAAGAUUUUGAACUGCUGAAACUAUCAAGAUAUUUAGAAUUGAUAGCCGAUGUUGAUGACUUUCAAAUCCUUAAUCAUAGAAAAUGGGAAGAAUACAAACCAAAAAAGAAUGAUCAUAGCAGUGAAGAGACUAGCAGUAAUGAUAAACAAUAAAUUUUGGCGAAACUUAUUCUUUAUGCCACUUUGACCAAUCGAUUGAUAGAAGAGAUAUAUUGAUUAACAGGAGGAGGAUUGACAGAGUGA